AUGAGACGUGCUUCUCGACGUCGAGUAUCUUAUGUUAUUACUCAUAAUAAGGAUGACCAUGGUCACCUUUUAGGUAUUAAUUCUUUGGCCUUAGACACAACUACAGUUAAUCCGGAUACUGGAAAACCGGAAGGAAUUCUUUAUUCUGCUGGGCGUGACGGUGUAAUAGCAUCUUGGGAUUUGCACCUACCAUUUAGAGACAAGAGAACUACAAAUAUCAAUGGAUCAAUUCAUAAAAGUACCGAAAACAUUAAUGAAGUUAAUGAUUUGGGUGGAAAACAUUGGGAAAUCGACGAUGAAGUUGAUCUUUAUUCGAAACCUCCUUCAUCGACAUUUCGUCAGUCUUUCCAAAGUCAUACUGAUUGGGUCAACGACAUAAUACUUUGUCAUAAUUGUGAAUCAUUAAUUUCCGCUUCAUCGGACUGCAAAUUAAAACUUUGGCAUCCUCAUAAAUCAACUAGUCCUUAUACUAUCGGAUGUCACACUGAUUACAUAAAAACUUUAGCUCAUGCCCCUGGUCCGGGUUGGGUUGCUAGUGGUGGUUUUGAUCGAAAAAUUAUUUUAUGGGAUAUAGUAGAAUGUAGACCUUCUUUUGGAAUUUCUUCAAUUAAUCUUGUUGACUACGAACGACCUCCGAUAGCGACAAUUUCGGAAUCAUCAUUAAAGCUGUCUGUAUAUGCACUGGCUUGUAAUCCAAUAGGAACUGUUAUUGCUUCAGGAUCUCCAGAAAAGGUUGUUCGUUUAUGGGAUCCACGAACAACAAAACAAAUCACCAGUUUUACAGGUCAUACUGAUAAUAUUAGAGCUAUAUUAGUUAGUGAUGAUGGUGAAUUGAUAUUAUCAGGGUCAUCCGAUACUACCAUUAAAUUAUGGUCAUUAAAGGCUCAAAGAUGCAUAAACACUUUCACGGUUCAUUCAGACUCUGUAUGGUCUCUUUAUUCAGAUCAUCCUAGGUUAGAAUCAUUUUAUGCAGGUUGUAAAGAUGGAUUGGUCACAAAAGUUGAUUAUAGUGGUUGCGCAGAAAUUCGUGAUGGUGAGUGCGUAGCUAUAUGUAAAGAGGAAACUGGUGUCGUCAAGCUUAUCGCUCAUGAUAAUAAAUAUAUUUGGACUGCAACUUCGGAUUCUAGUAUAAAGCGAUGGCUAGAUGUGCCUCCCCGACAUAUUCGUAAAGCAAUUUCUCGAUCUUCUUCACCUUCUAUAUCACCAACAUCUCCAAAAUUAUCUCCAAUGCCACCACUUACAAUACCAUCAUCUGCAAUAAUAAAUCUUACAUCUGCUGGUGUAUCAUAUGGUAUGACUUUGGAUGCUGAAGUCGCAACAUUAUAUUCAGUCACUAUCGAUGAUCAGAAAUUGGAUAGUUUAGACAUAGAAGAUCCGAUUCCUGUGAGAGGUUCACCGGACUUUGUUAUUAAAGGUCAGCAUGGAUUAAUAAAAUGUUGUAUGUUAAAUAAUCGACGACAUAUUGUUACACUUGACAAUUCUGGAGAAGUUGUGUUGUGGGAUAUUAUCUUGUGUAUUCGAGUCAAAACGUUUGGCAAGCGUGAUUUCGAAGAAGUUAUUAAGGAAAUUAAUACUGUCGAAUAUAUACCAACUUGGUGUGAAGUAGAUACACGUAUAGGGGCAUUGACGGUUCAUCUUGAUGAAAGAAAUUGUUUUGACGCAGAAGCGUACGCAGAUGAACUUGAUUUACCAGAAGGUGCAGAUAUUCGCGAAGAUCAAAGAAUUAAUCUCGGCAAAUGGGUAUUACGAAAUCUAUUUGCCAACUUUACAAGGAGUGUGAUACAAAUGUAUGAAGACUUUCAGGCUCAAAAUCUCUUGAUGCAACAGCAAAGACAUCAACCUAAUGAUUAUAGGCGAGAAUUACAGGAUGAUCGCUCACCUCCGCCGCAACAUAUUUCAUUCCCACCAGCUACGAUUCAGGUGCCUACCACACCUCCUACUGUGGCAACAACACAAAACGUUAAUUCACCACCACAAAGUACAUCUGCGUUACCACAAUCACCGACUACACCAUUGGCCGCUUUUACGGGUCCACUUACUGCACCUGCAGCUACAGGAUCUCAGCAAUCUGAUUAUUUUACUGGCUCACAUCAUAAUUCACCAACUAGUCCUACUGGUGCUUCUGGUAAUGUAACACCACCGGGCUCAACUGGUCCUGAAACAUUAAGUGGACAAUUAACAACCUCUGAGGUAAUAAAACCACCACCUCCAGCUUUGCUUAAUCAAACAUCAAGUAGUAGCGGCUCCUCAAACUCCAUAUUCGGUCGUCUUAAACCCACUUUCGGGCGUAAAAUAUCAAGGGGACCCAGCACAGAAGCCAAACCUGAAUCAAGUGGAACGAAUAUGUCAACAGAAAAGAAUGCUGAUGCAAAAACAGACUCGACGUUGGCUGCUUCCACACAAUCUCAGGAUGAAUCCAAUGCACAAAAUCGAAAGGAUGAAGAAUCAAAGGCUAAUUCUACUGCAAGAUCGAAAGUACAAAUGCAACAUAUCGGUGAUUCUAAUCGUUAUCACCCUAUACAGCAUGAUCCAAUCCAUUCCAUACGUAACAUACGUCCUCUUAUUCAGCCUCCUUUUGUGCAAUUACCGAUAAGUGAAACACCUGAAGUUCAAAUACCACCUCAUACAACUGUUAUAAUCUCAGAAGUUUCCCCUGAAGCGUCAACAUUUGUUGACUCGUACCGUGGGGCAAUUGAAUCUAUGGAGAAGGAUGUUGAACUAAUUGAACUCAGAGCUCAUCCUUGGCUAAUGGAAUUUUUACUUAAAAAUAAAAUCGCACUAAAAGAGUCAGUCAAAAUAGGAUUUACAUUAAAACCUCACGAGGGCUCCGAGUUAGAGGAUUUACCAAAUGGGAAUUCCCGGUUAACUGCCAAUAGAAUGUUAAGGGCUCGAAAAAUUCUUUCAUAUAUAGUAGAAAAACUCGAACUUGAUCAGCCUGAACCAGGAAAAAAUGUAGCGGAGAAAACUCUAACGGAUACACUAGAAAAGGAUGAAAAAACGAAAAAUUCCUUAAAACCUGAAAUGUGGUUGGAAUUGACAUUGCCUCCCACAAUGACAUUGGCUACCAUAAAAUCACACAUAUGGAAGCAAAAUGGAGAUUUAGUAAUGACAUAUAGGUAUUUAAAUGAUUCAAAAGUUAUUCCAAAGAUGAUUAAAUAUUAA